UGCACUGGAAGACUAAAUUGUUGUGGAAUGAUGGUGAUGAGAAUGGAGCGAUUGGGGAAUCUUGAAGUCUAGAAUGUUGUAUACUGUGAAAAAAAGUUUUUCAUAGUCCAUUUUUAUUGCUUACUUGUACGGUCUCAUGGUCCUUGUGGGUCACACCCUAUCCAAGUGUCGUCAUGAAGCUAUAGCAAAGUACUUUGGAGAUGAGAAUCCAGAUUGUAGCAAGAACUGUGACCACUGUAGGAAUCCAAGUGCCCUGAAAAAACAGAUGGAUUUGCUUCAUCAGCUGCAGAAUCGAACUCGAACCUGUAUUGCGCCUGCAGGACCAUCUCUGGGCCCCUUUGGUUUCAAUACUGAACAGUAUGAAGGUGGACGUAAAACGUAUGGAUUUCAUAGUUACGAUGAUGAUGAUGAUGAUGAUGAAGGUAGCUCUGAAGAACUUUCAGCACAGCAGCGCAAAAAUGAGUGGAAUUCCUUUUUUCAAAAACAAAUGAGUCUGCGUCGGGGCACAGAAGAACAACCAGAGGAAUUUACACCUGCAGAUCUCAGUUGCCCCCUGAGAGAUGCAAAUAGCAGGAAGAUAUCCAAACUUACUGUCAAGGCCCGGGAGCACUGUCUGAAGAUGCUGGAGGAAGCGCUUAACAGCAAUAUGCAGAGUGCAUCAGAAGAGAGCAGCAGUGAUCCUCAUGUGAGUGCUGUAGAAAUGGAGUAUCAGGCCUUCAAGGGCAGCAAGACGGCCAACCUUUAUAAGGCUUCAGUGCUGAAGAAGGUAGGUGAGAUCAACAAGGCAAGUAAAGAUGGAUCUGUCUAUUCUGCAUUUGGACCUUGUGCUGCAGCUGUUCCAGCCAACGAUGAGGAAAAACAAGAUGAAAAAACAGCCUAUGAUGACUUCCUUCCAGCCUCUCAAGUCUAUUCGUUUAAGCAUAAACGUGUUGGACUAAAAAUCUCAAAGUGCACAGAUGUUUUCCAAAGUGCCUCUGAUUUGCUCAAGACUUCAGUAGGUAGUGAUGGGAGCUCUUCCGCUUCAAAAGAAGAUGAAGAAGAGGAGAUGGAACUGGACUGCAAGGCAUGGUGCAGUGAUGAAAGUAGCUCAUCUCCAAACAAAAACAAUGGCAGAGAUGAAGCAGGACUAUCCACCAAUAAAUUGAAGGAAGCACCUAAAACAUCAAAGCAGAAGGUAUCUUCAUUGUUGGGGAGCCCAUCUAAAAAGGUAAAGCCAAAUAAGAAACAGAUAGAGCUAGCAGAAGCAGCUAAAAAUGAAUCUCAAAAUAUAACCAAGUUUUUUGCAAAGAGUACAAAAGAGAAGAAUUUGUCAGAAGACACUGAAGAAGGAGAAAUCCUGAACAAUGCAGUUGAACUGUCCUCUUGCAAUAAACUUCAAGAAGACUCUUGUCUUUUUGAAACAAAGCCAGAUGCCUUAGAAGUCAUUCCUGUGCAAGAAAAACAAUGGUCCUAUGAGGAUGAGGUAAUAGAAGAGGAGACCGUCUCAGUAAAAGAAAAAGUGUCUAAAGACUCCAGGACUAAAGCUUUCAGAAAAGGUGGUUUGCAGGUGAAAACCUCAUCUAUUGAACAGAAGAGCAGCAUUAAGAGUGGGACCAGUGGUGUAACCAUUGAUCAUACAGAUGUUCAAACACAGGAGCUGUCUGCCUUUGGGAAGAGAGCAGCAGAGGAAGAGGACCAUGAGAAUCUGGCAAAAAAGAAGCACUGUACAGCUGCAGAGUAUUCUACCUUAGGUCAUUCAGAGAGAAGUAGCAGUAACCUGGCAAAAAGGGAAAGGAGCUGUAAUGCUGCUAUGUCAGCUGCAAACAAAGAAGGGACAAAGGAACUCCUCUCACCAGCAUCCAGAGCGGCAUUUCUCAAAGAGGCAGCAGACAUCGUGGUUAAAUCCUUAACACCAUUCUACAAAGAUAACAAGUUUGCAUCUAGGGAUCUUUUUAAGAGUUUUGCUCGAUAUCUUUCUCACUUGCUGGCCAGUGGAAAGAACCCUGACAGAAUGAGUAUGAAAGAGGAUGCGCACAGGCUUAUCAAGACCUUCUUCAAACUACAUGCUAAGUGUGAGAGUGAGGAGGACUGGAAGGAUAUGGAGAGAUGAGAACAGCCCAGUCUUUGGUGCUCUGAACCACACGCACAGGGUCCUGGACAGAAACUGGUGGCAAGACAAAUUGAAGAGUGAAGAUUAAGGAUGUACUCAUUACCAUCUUGUGCUUAAUCUGUGCCGCCUUCUCCCGAAAUGGUGCAUGAUGAAGCAAAGCCAUGAUAGUGAUUGCGGGACUGCUUUAAAACGUUUCUGUUAUAAACUGUUUUCGUUUAGUGAGUGCUGUAUGCAGAUGCAGGUGGCUUGGACUUUGCCGGAGGAAUGACUGACUUUGCUUUGUUAUAAGCAGUCCAAUGUUAGCAUGCAAAGCUGACACUUUCAUAAGGGUAAACUGGAACUGCCCCUUUAGUAGCAAAAUAUUAACAUUACAGUGUAUCUCGGUAUUGGAGUUCCCAUCUAUUUUGUUUUGGACAGGAUUUUUUUUCUGUAGAAUUCUGAUGCUGGAUGUUUUUCCUGUGUGUCUGAAAUUUUCUUUAUCAACACUGAAUUUAAAGAGAAGGAGAGACUAUUCUGUUUUUCUGAGAUUAUAGUGGUACUUAAAAUUCACAAGAGUAAUGACAGAUUUUUAUUUUAUUUUUGCCUUUCCACAAUUACCAGCAACACUGUGAGGCUAAAAUUGCAACAAUGUAGUCCUAACUUGCAGCACAAGUAUGACACAAGUUUGUGUAUGAACAAAUACAUACCCAUAUACACAAAAGCAGAAAAAGCUGACUUUCGCUUUAGACAGAUAGCAGUUGUAAUUCUAACUUUGUUUCAAGUCCAGUGUCAAAACUUUGCGGGAGCAAGGAUAUCAAAAUUUUAUUUCCUUCUGCACUUAUGUUUCAGAGACUUUCAGGUCCGUAGAUCCAGUUUAGUGUGUUUGUUGUUAAUAUUGUAGUUUUACAAGCAUGAUAUCCAUAUGAAACCCCCUGAAAAGAGGUACAGUGUAAUUCACUCUGGUCAUAACUCUGUUAGGCAAAUCUUUAUUGUAUGACACAGUAAAUACUUUUUAUUUUCCUUGUUUCAGUUACCUUUGCAGCUUUUUGCAGUUUGAUGGGGUUCUGCAGAAUAGUAUUGAUCGUGGUUACAGGAGUGAAUACUCAGUGGCCUGCUGACUUCCUGAGCUGCCAAAAUGAGGUACUGCAUUACUACAGUGCUGCUCAGUUUUGUUGUAGGCUUGGGAAAAAAAAACUUACUGUAAGGGAGUACAAGUGACUGUUGCAUUGUAAUCACCAAAGAUCACUUUGCAGUCAGAAGAUAACUAAACAGCAAACUGUUGGACAAGUUCAGUUGUGGUUGCACUGGGACCUCUGUAUGUAUUGUUUAACAGCAUACUGCCAAUGUAGAUGGGCAUUGCCAACAGGUAAAGAUCAAAAAUAUUUUAUUAAAAUUGAAGUCAAGUUUUCAACCUAUCUCAAGGACUUAGUGUAUGAAGGAGUUAUUUUUAAAUUGGUCCUGUUUACUUUGAACAUUAUUUACAGUCCCUCCCACCAAAGCAUUUGGCAAUAUCCAUACAUUUUUCUCUGUUUUUGUGUGGAUUAACUAAUAAAAUAAUUUAAUUGCAAGUGUUUAUUUCUAAUUCAGGGGGGUUGGUGAUGUAUGUUGAUUAUGUAAUGCAGAUGUAUUUUACAAACAAUUGUCUUUCACUAGGUGACAAACCACAUGUGUAUAAAGCUUUGCAUUUGUGCUGCUGCCUGUGUGUCUUCUCUCCAUUGUCAUUAACUUUACUUCUGAUCUCUCUGACUUCAAGAUUGCUUUUAAUCUGUGCUGAUUUUUGCUAAGUUUGAACUCCCCACAGCCACUCCCUGAAUGAAAGGAACUGACCUAAUUCAUAUUGGUGCACAUGAAACUGUUGCACAGUGUGCAUUAGAUGUUCAUACAGUAGUUAAAAUACUUUUCCUGAUUUAAAAAAAAAUUAGGUUUGAUUUUAUUUUGUGAACUGUCUCAUUACUGUUAAUGAACUGUUGUCACUUUCCAUGAUAUAAAGUAGCUGUGUGUUAUGGCUAGGGAGAAGCCCAUAGUUGGCUGAACAUUUAGUAGUUUGUCAUUUACUUAAUGGAAUACCACAGCAGACAUCCUUGUAGCUUCCUGUAUGAGCAGUCAUUUGAAAACAGUGUGUGCAUAUCAUGGAGGGUAUGUAGUUAGCGCACAGGCAAGGAGUAUCCCAGCAAGCAUUUGAUGAAAUAAAGAUUACAUCACUGGUGACAGAACAUUCUUAUAUGCUUUUUUGCCAUAUGGGAGCAUCAUGAUAUGACAAACGAGCUUUCCAGGGCUGUGGAAAGAAUGCAAAGCUAUUGUAACAGUUUUGAAUAAGCUAAAUUAACAUUUAAAUAAAACAUAAGUAGCUGUAA